GUAAUAUAUGUUUGAUGAUUUAAAAUAAAAAAAAUGAAAUUAUAUAUUUUAUUAUCAAUAGUAUCACUGGCUAUACAAUGCUAUUGUAAUGACCAACAAACCAAUUAUCAAUACUAUACCUCUGGUGGGAUUAAAACCGGUUUGAAGGCCGACAGUCCACAGUUUACACUUAAUGGCAAACCUAUAACCCUAUUCAGUGGUUCAUUGCAUUAUUUUCGGUUACCGAAAGCCUAUUGGAAAGAUCGUCUAUUGAAGUACAGGGCGGCCGGACUUAAUGCGAUACAAUUUUACAGUCCAUGGAACCUACACGAGGAAUUGCCUGAUAAAUGGGACUUCGAGACCGGUUUUCUCAAUCUCAGGGCGUUCCUCGAGGCGGCCAAAGAGGCCGACUUGUUUGUCAUGUACCGUAUCGGACCGUAUAUGUGCGGCGAAUGGGAUCUGGGCGGCUAUCCGUCCUGGUUGCUGCGCGAUCCUAAUAUGCGACUGCGUUCAAACUACGGGCCACAUUUGGAUGCCACCCGCAAAUGGUACCUAAAGGUACUGUCCAUUAUUGAUGAGUUUCAGUUUACCAAAAACGGUGGUCCGAUAAUAGCCUUGCAAUUUGAGAACGAAUUCGGUGGCAUUCAUAACGAUGCCGACAGAGAGUACUUCCAGUUUAUGAGAAAAACCAUUGAAGACAGCAAAUGGCGAGAAUUGUUGUUCAAUUGCGACUCCGGUAUGAGUGCGGCAGAUGCCAUGAAAACGGCUUUACCCGGUAUUUUGGAGACCGACAAUUUCAACUCGGAUUCACUCAAAUAUUUGGAUGCAUUGCGUAAGGCCCAACCUAACCGGCCACUGUAUGUGUCUGAAUUUUGGCCCGGGUGGUUUGACGCUUGGGGUGAAAAACAUCAUACAAUGACUAUUCAGCAUUUUGAGAAAGAGGUCACCGAUAUUGUGUUUGUUGCCAAUUCGUCCAUCAAUUUCUAUAUGUUUUUCGGCGGCACUAACUUCGGCUUUCUCAAUGGUGAUACCGUAGUAACCAGUUAUGACUAUAAUGCACCGCUUAGUGAAACAGGCAAUUAUACGGACAAAUACUGGAAAACCAAAGAGUUGAUCACAAAGUUUAUCAAAGAGCGAGGUUUACCACAACUGAAAACACCACAACCGCCGACACCGGCACUGACCGUUGGUUAUGGAAAAUUGAAAAUCAAAGACCAUUUGACUUUGGAUCAGGUGUUGGCCAAAGUAAAACCUGUGAUUGUAACCGACCGACCGCAGCACAUGGAAAUGCUAACUGUUGGCAAAAAUUACGGACAAAUGUUUGGUUUCAUAAAUUAUCGAUUAACUAAUUUGAAAAAAUUUAAACACAUAAAACUUACCGGUGGUGCAUCAGAUCGCGGAGUAAUACUCAUUGAUGGCAAACAAGCGGGUAUUGUCGACAAUACCAAAGACUAUAAUCAAGAUAUUGACGACUCAUACUUUGUCAACACUACGGCCGAACACGUAUUAGACAUUAUAGUCGAGAACACCGGUCGGGCAAAGAUCGGCGGCGGUAUCAAUACAGCCCGUAAAGGUCUGAACGGCGAUGUCCUGAUCGACGGCAAAAUGGCCACCAAUUUUCAUACAUAUCCACUGGAGUUUAAAGAGCCAUUUGUCAAUGAGUUGGAUCAACUAAAAGGUAGUUCCUAUGAUACAGUACAGGACUUGAAGACAGCACCGGCAUAUUAUCGUACGGAACUUCAUAUUAAUGGUCAACCGAGCGAUACGUUUUUGCAUUUGGACGGCUGGACAAAAGGCAACGUAUUUGUCAACGGUUUCAACAUCGGUCGCUACUAUUAUGUCGGCCCUCAGCAAACACUGUAUAUACCGGCGCCUUAUUUGAAAGCCGGUACUAACCAGAUAUCGGUGUUUGAAUUGCAUGCCAGUAGAGAUACAGUUGAAUUGGUUGAUAAACCAGAUUUGGGUUAAAUAAUACUAAUAAUAUUUCAGACAAAAAAUAUAAUUAUUGAA